UGAUUUGAUAAACAAAGCAAAGGAAAUUCAGGAAUUCCGAGUUAUUAUAAAGAAGGCCUCUCCGAAGGGUGGUCAGUUAUUAACAGUACAGUAGCCAUAGGAAUAACUAUGUCCAAAGUUAGGCGGGCAACACACGCAGGGAGCUGGUACACAAACGACGGAAGGGAGUUGAGCAGCCAGUUAGAUGAGUGGUUAUCGAAAGCCCAGCCAUCCUACUCCCCAGCAAGAGCCAUAAUUGCUCCUCAUGCAGGGUAUGUAUAUUGUGGAGCGUGUGGAGGCCACGCCUACAGGCAGAUUGAUCCAUCUAACAUUAAGAGAAUAUUCAUUCUUGGUCCCUCCCACCAUGUUCGUCUGUCCGGUUGUGCCCUCACUGAAACCUCUCACUACCAGACGCCAUUGUAUGAUCUGAUUAUAGACCAGAAGAUAAAUGAAGAAUUAUUUGCCACAAAAGCCUUUGAAAAAAUGAAAAUGAGUACAGAUGAAGAUGAACACAGUAUAGAGAUGCAUUUACCUUACAUUGCUAAAGUCAUGGAGAGACGACGUGGACAGUUCACCAUUAUCCCUGUACUAGUCGGGUCUCUGUCUGCGGACAAGGAGAAGCUGUAUGGAUCUAUAUUUAGCCAGUAUCUAGCCGACCCUGAAAACUUCUUUGUGAUCUCCUCUGACUUCUGUCACUGGGGACAGCGAUUCCGUUACACAUUCUAUGAUAAGUCGUGUGGAGACAUCUGGCAAUCCAUUGAGGCCCUAGAUAAAAUGGGAAUGGAUGCAAUAGAACAAAUGGACCCAGCUAAAUUUUCUCACUACUUAAAGGAGUAUGAAAACACUAUAUGUGGCAGAUACCCAAUAGGUGUUCUCUUAAGUGCAAUAGACGCUCUUCGAAGAAACGGUAAUGGACGCAGAAUGUCAUUUAAAUUCAUAAACUAUGCUCAGUCAAGCCGCUGUAAGAAAAUGAGCGACUCCUCAGUUAGUUAUGCCUCAGGUGCCCUGCUCAUGCAGUGAAUGCUGAGGAAACAUUGGACUCAUUGCUGCACAUGGACUUUUUAACAUGCCUUAUAUGUCCUUAUGUUUCUCAGUUUAGUACUCCACUUUGGUAUGCCACACAAUCUGAGCUCUGGAUGUUGCACUACUUUAUAUGGAGAGAUCUGAACAUUGAUGCAAUGUACAUCUGUACAUCUGUACAUGUACUUAUAUUCACUGGUUUGUCACUGUAAAUCUCCAAGUUACAUUUUGCAAUUUUUGUAAAGUUGGCCUUUUUUGCGGUUAAAUAAAUGUACAUGUAAUGAAGACAUUAAAUAAGACUUAGUACUGAAUAAACGCUAAAUAAUUUAA